UUCAUGUCUAGUCCACAAAGGACUAAUGUUGCCCUCACCAGAGCAAGACAUUGCCUAUGGAUAUUGGGGAACGAAAGAACCUUGACUAAUAGUGAACAUGUAUGGAAAGAUUUAGUUUGUGAUGCAAGAAAUCGCCAGUGUUUGUUUGAUGCUGAUUCCGAUGAAGGCUUGAAGAUGACAGUUUUAUAUACAAAAAAAGAGCUAGAGCAACUUGAUGAUCUAGUUAAUGAGAAUAGUAUCCUUUUUAAACAUGCAAAAUGGAAGGUCCUGUUCAGCGACGACUUCAGAAGAUCAUUUGGAAAGCUGACUACUGCUCGAUUGAAGAAGCUUGUUUUAAAUCUUUUAUUGAGACUCUCUGGUGGCUGGCGGCCCCAAAAGCUAAGUGUAGACUUGCAUUGUGUAAAAUCCUCACAUAUUCUGAAACACUUUAAGGUUGCAGGGUUAUAUGUUAUAUGCACAAUUGACAUCAUCAAGGAAUUCAAUUAUGUACAAGUUUUAAAGGUCUGGGAUAUAUUACCUUUUGAAGAGAUCCAAAAACUCACAAGACGUCUUGAGAAGAUACUUGCUGCAUACACGGAUGAUUAUAUUAGUCGUUGUACAGAAAAAUGCAUGGAGGGGAAUUUGGAAGUUCCUAAGAGUUGGAUAGCCUCCGAAGAAAUUAUACGAUUUUGUUUUGUUAGGAAUACUGAAGUGGGCUCUUGUGAAAAUGGGGCGGUGAAACAUCUGCUUUCUGAUAAAGAACAACUUGAUCUACCCAUGCAAGUCAGUGAUGAACAAAUGGAGAUUGUUCUAUUUUCCAAAAGUUCUUUCAUAAUUGGGCGUUCUGGAACUGGAAAAACCACUAUAUUGACUAUGAAGUUGUUUCAAAAGGAACAGUCUUUUUAUGUUGCUUCCGAAGGGAUUUAUGAAGGGAAGAGAAACAGUAUCAGUGAUUCAAAAGUUGAUGAUUUUAAAGACAGAAAACCAAGUGUUCUCCGCCAACUUUUUGUGACAGUCAACCCAAAUUUGUGUCAUGUUGUGAAGCAACAUGUUUCCCACCUUACAAGUAUUUCAUGUAAUGGGAAUACAUCAUUGGAGGUCAAUCUUGAUUAUCCAGACAUGAUAUCAGAGUUCAGCGAUAUUGCAGAUACAUUUAUUGACAUUCCAGUGAAAAACUACCCCCUUUUCAUAACAUUUCAUAAAUUUCUAAUGAUGUUGGAUGGCACAUUGGGGAAUUCUUUCUUUGAAAGGUUUCCAAAGGCAAGAGAAGCUUCUCAUGGUAACCAUACAACUUCAAGGUCCGUUGCAUUGCAAACUUUUUUAAGAUUAAGGGAGGUAACAUAUGACAGAUUUUGUACACUUUACUGGCCUCACUUUAACUCAAGUCUAACAAAGAAACUUGAUCCCUCCAGAGUGUUUACUGAAAUUAUAUCACACAUAAAAGGAGGCCCACAUGCAGGGGACUGCAGUGACGGAAAACUAAGUUAUCCGGGCUACUGUUUAUUAGCUGAAAGUCGUUUGUCCACUUUGACAAAAGAGAAAAGAGAAACUAUUUACUACCUCUUUCAAGCAUAUGAAAAGAUGAAAAGUGAGCGAGGGGAAUUCGAUUUGGGAGAUUUAGUGAGUGACCUCCAUGACCGACUUAAAAAUGGACAUUAUGAUGGUGACGUUAUUGAUUUUGUGUAUAUAGAUGAAGUUCAAGAUCUUAGUAUGAGGCAGAUUUCUCUUUUCAAGUAUAUAUGCCAAAAUGUCGAUGAGGGCUUUAUUUUCGCAGGCGACACUGCACAAACCAUUGCCAGAGGGAUUGAUUUUAGAUUUCAGGAUAUACGAUCUCUGUUCUAUAAAGAGUUUUUAACUAAACAAGAGAAAGGUCUUGUAUCCGAGGUUUUCCAACUAAAACAGAACUUUAGAACUCAUGCCGGUGUUCUUCAGUUGGCCCAGAGUGUCAUUGACAUUCUUUCCUGUUACUUUGUUCACUCAAUUGAUAUUUUGGAGCCGGAGACUAGUCUUAUUUCUGUUGAAGCUCCUGUUUUGCUCGAGUCUAGCAAUAAUGAAAAUGCAAUUGAAACAAUCUUUGGGGGCAGUGAAAGUGGCGGAAAAAAAGUUGGCUUUGGGGCGGAUCAAGUGAUAUUGGUGCGUGACGAUUGUGCUAAGAUUGAGGUUUUAGAAUAUGUUGGAAAGAAUGCACUUGUUCUCACCAUACUAGAGUGUAAAGGCCUUGAAUUUCAGGAUGUAUUAUUGUAUAACUUUUUUGGGACAUCCCCUUUAAAAGACCAAUGGAGAGUGAUAUAUGGCUACAUGAAGGAGUGCGAUUGGCUCGAUGAAAAUCUUCCUCAGUCUUUCCCGACCUUCAGUGAGGCAAGACAUAGUGUCUUGUGCUCUGAAUUAAAACAUUUAUAUGUGGCUAUAACUCGAACGAGGCAAAGACUAUGGGUAUAUGAGAACAAAGAGGAGCUCUCCAAGCCAAUAUUUGACUAUUGGAAAAGGAGGAGGCUUGUUCAAAUAAGAAAACUAGAUGAUUCAGUGGCACAGGCUAUGCGAGUCUCAAGCAGCCCUCAAGAGUGGCGGGAGCGUGGUAAAAAGCUCUUUUAUGAGAACAAGUUUGUGAUGGCAACCAUGUGCUUUGAAAGAGCUGGUGACACAAUGUGGGAGAAAUUGGCAAAGGCUUCUGGUCUCAGAGCAUCUGCUGAUCCAAUGAGGGGAAAGAAUCCCGAAGCUUAUUUGGACUAUCUUAGAGAAGCAGCGGAAUUGUUUGAGUCAAUUGGGAAAUUUGAUUCUGCCGCUUCAUGUUAUUGUGAUUUGGAAGAGUUUGAAAGAGCUGGGAAAACUUACUUGUAUAAGUGCCGAAAAUAUGAUACAGCAGCAGAGUGUCUCACUCUAGCAGGAUGCUAUAGCGAUGCUGCUGAAGCCUAUGCCAAAGGAGAUCAGGUCUCCAAUUGUCUGUCAGUUUGCAGAAAAGGAAAACUUUAUGAUAAGGGGUUGCAGUAUAUAGAGUACUGGAAAGAGCACUUAAAUGUUAGAACUAAGGAAAUAGAAGAAACUGAGCAAAGAUUUUUGGAGAGUUGUGCUCUUGAUUGCCAUCAACAUAAAGAUCUUACAAACAUGGUGAAAUUUGUCAGGUCUUUUUGUUCUGUGGAGUCUAUGCGUGUAUUCUUGAGGUCUUUAGGCUGCCUUGAGGACCUUUUAUUGUUAGAAGAAGAAUCUGGCCACUUUCUUGAUGCUUUGGAGCUGGCUAGGUCAUUGGGUUAUGUUCAGAAAGAGGCUGAUCUUUUGGAGAAGGCUGGACAUUAUAGGGAGGCAGCAGAUCUCUUACUUUGGUAUGUGUUUUUUAGCUCGUUAUGGGGAAAUGGAGGUAGAGGUUGGCCAUUGAAGCAGUUCAGUAAGAAGGAAGACCUUUGUGAGAAAGCAAGGUUGCUUGCAAAAAUGACCUCUGAUAAUUCCUAUGAUUUUGUUUGUAAUGAGCUUAAGGUACUCUCCGAGCAGCAGAGUAGUUUGCCCGAGCUCAAGAAAGUUUUACUCAUUUCCCAGAAAAAUAAGAGUCUAAGAGGAGAAAUCUUAUCCAUAAGGAAAAUCUUGGAUUCACAUUUGCGUAUUAAUUUUUCAAAGUACUUUUGGGAGGAUGAAUUGCCGUUUGAUAUCACUAAGCAUUGUGAAAACCAGAUCUUUCAGAACUGUGUUUCUGUUAGAACUCUUGUUUUUUAUUGGAACCAGUGGAAAGAGAAUGUCAUGAAUAUCUUUCAGAGCAUCAAAUGUCUUGAAAAUGAAGAGCUGAAUAAUAACGAGGCACUUUCUGAUUUUAGUAUAAGUUAUUUUGGAGUGAGGAAACAGUGUGUCAAUGGAAACAUAGUUUACCUGUUAGUCAACAAGGAGGGUGAUUGGAUAAGAACCGCGGGUAACAACGGUCUUCAUAGCGAAGGGAAGCUUCUAUAUAUGAAUAUGAAGCAGUUGGCGUUUGCUAUUACAUCUUAUUGGCAGUUAGAGUUGCUUUCUGUGGGUAUGAAAGUACUUUUAAAGCUAGAAGGUCUGUAUAAGUCAAAGUCAAAUGGUUCAGCAUUUCAUCAAAGCACGUCUCUCGUACACAUCUUUGAGGUUUCCAAGUUUCUUUCAGAUUGCCAUUGUCUUCACGUCACUUCUCCUGAGAAAAAGAAACUGCAAUAUUUCCUUGGAAUCUCUGUACGAUACUUUGAUCUAGUGUUUCCCUUAGACUGGCGAAGAUCAGUCUCCGAGGACAUGGUUUCCUUAAGGGAGACUGAUCUAUCACUUAACUUGCUUGAUGAGAUCAUUCUUCAAAAUGUGGGCAACAAGAGUAAAAUCUCCUAUUGGACAAUCGGGAGAGUGAUGAUGGUAUGUUUUUGUUCCAGUAAAUCUGUUACUCUUAAUGAGAUGAUUAUUAAGGGGCUUCAGUGGACUCCCAGCUGGCUGUCAUUUGCGAAAUAUUGGAAUUCUGGCAUAAUGAGAGACGUGGCGUUUUUUCCAAUGCAUAGAGCUUUGAAAGAUUCUCUUUGGUCUGACCAGAGGUGUGUUGGCCACAUAUCACCUCACAGUUUUAUGUAUCUUUUGGAUCGUCUAAUUUUAAUGGAGUCGUUUUUCAAUGAAAUUCUUUACACUACGAAGUCUUCUUUUGCUGGGUGGUUCACAAAUUUUCACUACCAUGAACCGGUGCUUGAGCAGAAUUAUUUAAGGUUUGAAGUAACCUCCUAUCUUGAACCAGUGGCCCAACAAAUUCUAUACAAUAAAGAGGAUACCGAGUCUUGGAUUCGAAGAUCAAACAUUGAGGUCUCUUAUUACUACCCACUUUUAGUGUUGAAACUGGUAAUGAUGGUUACUUUAGCUUGUCUGCAAGACUCAAGUUGUUCUAAAUUGUUAUUUAAUUUGCUGACGAACAAUGUUGCGGGUUCACUUCCAGAGAAGUUUGUACACCAUCUUUUAAGCAAAAAGAAGGGUCACAACUUGCACUUAUGUCCACAAAUGGUUGCAGAAGCGUUUAUGAGCAUAGAGGAUCCUCUCUUGAUUGUGACUUCAGGAAAACCGAAUUCAAAAAUCAAUGCACCUGGUGCUAUAUUUGUAGACCUUGAGACAUCCAAAGAUGAGAUAAGGAGUGCAUUAUUCCCUAAUUUAUGUAACAGGUUUUUGGAGGAAGGAAGCAGCAAGACAAGUGAGGUUGACGACGAGGAAAAAAGCUUUCAGAAUGAGAAAAGCAUGAAAGAAAAGGGAAAGAGCAAGAAAAAGAAGGGUAAAAAGAACAAAGGUAGGAAUAACUAA